UCUCAUCAAUCCAUAUAAAACCAAGGAGAUAUCUCACAAUCCCAUCUAUAUAUAGCACCAACAUACCUUCGGAGAGAUACACCGUGCCUUAGUACUUGUAUUUUGGAUUCUGUCUGAGCGAUGGCGAGAGAUCAUGGCGAUGGGCUGGCGGCAAUUGCUGGGCGGAUCGGCGUGGUCGGGUCUGUGGCGCUAAAUCUCGUGGCACUCGUCAUCUACCUUCGUGGCCAUUUCUUCUCGAGUGUUGGCACCGUCGUCGAGAAGCGGCCAAGCAAAAAGGAGGAGCUAGCGGUUGUGGCGCCGUCCUGUGGCAAGCCGUCCGUGUUGUCCGACUCGAUGAUUAGCUUGGAUCACGGUGAUCCAACAAUGUUUGAGACGUUUUGGCGCGGCCCGAUUGGCAAGAGCGCUAUGCUGGUGAUCCCGGGGUGGCAAACGAUGAGCUAUUUCUCCGACGUUGGCAACCUGUGUUGGUUCCUCGAGCCCGGCUUGGAGCGUGAGGUGCGCCGCCUCCAUCGCCUCAUUGGCAACGCUGCCGUCGAGGGCUACCACGUCCUCGUCGGUACCGGAUCCAUGCAACUCUUUCAGAGCGCACUUUAUGCGCUCGCCCCGCCCAUUGCUGACUCGCCAAUUAGUGUCGUGUCUCAUACCCCCUUCUACUCGUCGUACCCGUCCGUGACGGACUUCCUUGACUCGAGGCUCUAUCGAUGGGCCGGCGACGCCAAUACAUUCGAUGGUGACAACUACAUCGAGGUUGUAUGCUCGCCGAACAACCCCGACGGCGCCAUCCGUGAGACCAUCCUCAAGUCCAAGACAGGCAAGGCCAUCCAUGAUCUGGCUUACUACUGGCCACAAUACACUCCCAUCACCCAAAUGCUCGCUCACGACAUCAUGCUCUUCACCGUGUCAAAGUGUACGGGUCACGCCGGCACGAGGAUAGGGUGGGCAUUGGUGAAGGACAAGCAGGUGGCACAAAAGAUGAACAAGUUCAUGGAGCUAAACACCAUUGGCGUGUCCAAGGACGCGCAGCUACGUGCCGCCAAGAUACUCGGGGCAGUUGCCGACGGCUACGAGUUCCAGCUUACCAUCCCCUCUGGUGGGGACGUGAACCUCCUCUUCCAUUAUGCGCGGCGGCAGAUGGCGCACCGCUGGCGCGCACUCCGUGCUGCCGUGGCAGUUUCGGGCAUCUUCAGCCUCCCUGGCGAGGUCGGUGGCUUCUGCACCUUCACCAAGGACAUGGUCAUCGCUAAUCCUGCAUUUGCAUGGCUGCGCUGCGAGAAGGAAGAAGUAGAAGACCUGGAGAGCUUCUUACGUGAGCACAAGAUCAUAACCCGUAGCGGGACUAAGUUCGGAGUUGAUCGAAAGGUGGUCAGGAUCAGCAUGGUCGACACCGACGAAGCGUUCAACAUAUUUGUCGAUCGUCUUGCCACAAUGAAAUGAGGGCAUCAAAUCAGAAGAUGAAGUGUUAUUUUCCUUAGCUAAUUUACUUUCAUAACUCCCUGGUUAGGGAUCCAAAGUUUAUGUCUAUGUCAGAUGCAUGCACAUUAUUGGUGUGGGUUAUGUGCCAUGGUAUAUGUUUGGUUUCGUGGAUAAUGAUAGUAUUGAAUACUAGAAUACCCAACUUAAGUUA